AUGCAAGAAUGGAACUUUGCGUUCGUCGAUGCUGAAGUGAACAAAGGAAAUGGAAGUCUGGUCAAUGUUCAUCAUAUCACAUCGCAGCGUAAAAAAUUCGGAGAAUUGCGAGCAACCAGAAUCGACGGUUACAUUUAUGCUAUUAGAAAUGGAGCAAAACACAUAUACGAAGGCGACUUCAGCGGCAACGAUGGUGGUCAACAACUUGCUAAUUUUGACUUUGCUGAGAAAAGUAGUGGACUUAUAUACUCAGAACGAGGCGUAGGAGGCAGGUUGGCUUAUAACUUUUUUUUAGCACUUCUUGCAUAG